ACUGAGAAAAAAAGCUUGAAAGCGCUACUGUACCUGCGCCGGCCAGUAAAAAAUGUAAUUCUCUCUUUCAAUACGAAUCACGUAUCGACUCUUGUAGAACAUUUCUAUAUGUAUGUACAUAUCAGAGACCUCGGAGUUUUCAAUGUAACUGCCAGCGACGUGAAUCACUUUGAUAAUAGAAAAAAAUAUAUCCGAAAAGGAACUACAAAUGUUGCCUUGAAAAUGAUUACAAAGAUCGUGCUAUAAAAAUUUUAAGUAGAAUCUUCCAAUGAUAAAUUUAUGAAAAGUAAUCAAAGUUAUUGACUUUCAUUUAUUUAUUUAUUUAUUUUUUUCGAGUGGCUAAAAUUUAGGAAGAGUUUAAUAGUUGUCAUAAUCUAAGAUUGUUUUUAAUCUCAAUACAGAUUUUUUUUUAUUAACAAAUGAAAAGUGAAUUCAAUGUGUUCAACAAAUUUUUAAGUGAAUAUAAAAUAUAAGGGGAAUAGAUUGUUUUUGUUAUUUUGGAAAGAAGAAAAUUGAUGACUUGAUAAUCAACUGGGAAAAAAACCUGGAUGAGUUUUAAUUUUUGCUUGACACUUGAGUCAUGUGCUGGAGGGAUAAAUGUAGGAAAAGUGGUGAUGAAAAAAGUGAAGUUGAUGUGGGAUGAGAGCUUGUCAGCUGAUAUAAAAAAAGGUAUCACUGUGCUACUGGAAACUUGAAUAGUUAGUUUUUUUUUUUAUGGUUUUUAGAAAAAGUAACCAAUCAUACAUUGAAUGAUAUAAGAAAUAUAUACUUUUGAGUUCAAAGUGAUUGAUUUAUUCAUUUGUUAUUUGUUAUUUAAAUUGAGCAAACUUAUGUUAAUUGAAGUGUUUGUUUGAUUGAUGAGCAACUGCUGGAACAUUUCACAACUUAAUAAAUUACUAGAAAAUGAUUGUAAGAAAACCGGGAUAAUUGAGAUAUCUGCAAUUUCAACAAACGCUAGGCGUGGAGCUUCACAAGAGCCGUGCCAUGGAAGGUUCAUUACAAAAGGUAUCGGUAGGGCUCGCGUGACAAGGCAUAUUGCCGUCGUCGCGAGCCAAAUACCGGUCAAAUAAUCAUCAUUGCAGCAGUGUUACGGGUGAUAAAAGUAAACUAGAUAGUAUGACGGUGAUGCUACUGCAACGUUUUUCAGCCCCGCAAUCUACGUUGGUCCAAAAAAAAAUCCAAAAUUAUUGUGAUAAAGACAUUGGAAGUAGUGGCCAUACGGGCCAACAGCCACAUUACAAACAUUAUUCUGAAAAUAAAUAUCAAAAUAUACAAGAAACGUCAAAAAAUUAUCAAGAACAUCAAGACAAACUAGCUACCAAUAAUACCCUUAAUAACAUAAACGCCAAUGUUAAUCACAACAACCACAAUAAUAAUAGUAAUCGUGAUUAUAAUAGUAAUGUUAACAUUAAUAAUAAUAAUGAUAACAUCAAUAAAAAUGUAAAAAAUACAGAAAACUGUUGUAAAAAAGAAAAAGUUUGUUAUACAAGUUCUUUGUGUUUAUACAAUAGAACACUGGCAAAUAUUAAUAUUAAUAAGUCAAAUAGUAACAGUAACAAUUGCAACAACAACCAUAACAAUAAUUGUAAUAUUAAUAAUAAUAACAACAAUAAUAAUAAUAAUAAUAAUAAUAAUAAUAAUAGUAAUAACGGUGAAGAGGAAAUAGAAGAAGACGACUUCCUUACACGUGACAAGCAAAACAUACGACAAGAGACAGUAACAUCCCGUACAACAACAAUAACAGCAGGUACAACGGGAACAUUUGGUACAUCGGCAUCUCAAAGCCGAUAUUAUAAUCAAGGAGUCGCGAUGCGAUAUUAUAGAUUAUGGAUAUACGCUUGUAACGUAGUACUACUCGGUAGUGCACUUGGAUUAGCAUUUGCUCUUCUAAGAUCACUUGUAUUCACACGUGAUCCCCGUCGUUAUUUAGUUCCAGGUGUACCAAGAGUACUUGAUCCAACAGCACUUUAUGCAUACUUGGCAUUAGCAACACAAUUAGGUCUUGUUCAAUUGCUUGGCUGUAUUGCAGCAAGAAGACUCAGUGCAAAAUUAUUAAAUGCUUAUUGGGUAUUAUUACUUGCAUUAUUAUUCGGUGAUGCAAUAAUUGGUGUUGCUUGGGUUUUUAAGUUUGAAAGAAUAAGAGCUGAACUAAGACCAACAUUGAGAUUAAAAUUACAAUUGGAUUAUGGAAAUGAUUUAAAAUUUAGUGAUGAUUGGGAUAGAUUACAAAGAGAUUUUUCAUGUUGUGGUGUUACUGGACCAAAUGAUUAUUUAACACAUAACUAUCCAGAAACAUGUUGUCCAAUUGAUAUGAAAUAUCAAAGUGCCAAUCAUAAUGAGACUAAUGCUGGUUGUCAUCAUCCUUAUUUACAUGGUUGUGAAGAAAAUCUCAUCUUAUGGAUGAGAAAAACAGCUGAUUUAUUAUUCGUAAUUGGUUUUUGUGUUAUGGCAUUUAGUAAAUUAUGCUUCCUUGGUAUAUUGAGAUAUGAAAUACGUGAAAUGAUACAAAAAAUUCAAUUACUUAAAGAUCCACCACCACCAGCAUCAGCAACAUUUAUACAAUCAUUUUGUCAACCACCACUGGCAGCACAAACAGCUGUUACAUCAAGCUGUGGAUUAUCUAUGGGCACUGCAACAGCAACAAUAACAUCAUCUGAUACCACUGGACACAGUCAUAUUAAUUAUAGUGGAACAAGACGUACAACACUGCCUAUUGUCGUAUCGUCAUCGAUUGUUAAUAACAAUCCAUCAGGUUUUGGAAAUAAUAUGCCAGUGUUGGCACAGCCAUACGAACAAGAUUACAAUGGAAAACAUCCUCUUUUGUUCACGAGCAAUCUCCAACAAGAUGCAGGUGCUGACAGUGAUACAAAUAGCCAUUGUGCACUAAUCCUCGAAGAAUCAACAACAACACCACCAUCAAUUCAACGUAACUAUACAAUAAAUUCACAAAAUGAGAAAAAUGCUGGCAACAAUAAUUAUGAAAUGCGUGAAUUUAAUCGACGUUAUUUGAUGUCAAAUGGUGGUAGUCCACCAGCAGGAAUUAAAAUCAUUCCACAAAAUAGGCGAACCUGACUAUGGAGAACGUGGCGACGAAGGUCGAGUCGUUUUUUAUACAAAUCUAAUAAACCAGUCGGGGUUGCUGUGUUUUAUAAGUAAGCUUAUUAUGGUAUGAAUUUUUCUCUGGUUAUAAGUAAACAAAUAAUGAUAAUUUAUCUGUAAAACUAGUAAGAUUGAAAGAUAAAGACUGAAUAUGUCGGCUUUUUUUUCCUGCAUUUAUUUCAAUUUAUAGUUUUUUAUUUUUUAAUUGUAAAUAUAUAUAUUUACAAUUUACAAAUAUAUAUAUAUAUACCUAUAUAUUAUUAUUUUUAUUAUUGUAGUAUGAAAAAUAUCUAAAUUCUAAAGUAUAUAUUACAUAAAUAUAUACUUGAUAGUUAAUAACUCCGUAAGCAGAAAAUAACUUAAGUCAUUAAGAUCUAUGCCAAUGUUAUUGUCAAGUCAGAGUAACAAAAAAAAAUUAAGAAAUAUAUUGAAGUUACAGAAUUGUGAUUAAAAGCCAGUUAAAAAAAAUGUAAAUAAUUUGGGUGAUCCUCAAAAUGGAUGUUAAGUGCCGUUUGUUUGUAAUAUUUAAAACUUAAUUGCUCUUAUUAUUGUCCAAAUUAACUCAACAUGCAAAACAUUAACAUUGAAAAAAAAAAAACUU